GGCUCAAUACCAUAACCGUCAUCGCCAAGUAGUACAACAUUUGCUUUAUUUAUUAGUUGUGAUCUAGUCUGUGAAUUUCUCCACAUUCUGGAAUCAUGCACUGAUCCAGGCCUAGUGACAUCAACAUAUCUCUGGCAUCACAAGUGGCUCGCACAUUUAAAGUAGGAUCCUACAAUCGAGUGUCUUCCUCAUCAUAAUGUAUAAUAAUGUUUUUUCCCAAGGUGUAUGUGUACAAUCAAGUACACCAAUUGCUGUCAGAAAUUCAUACAUGCUUUGUCAUGUGCGAUUGGCCUCCAUCAGUUCAUGGUUGGUAGUUGGGAACUUGAUCCAUUCGUUCGACUGUGCAACUAUGCUGUUCACGACUCUAUCCACAGUCCGAGAUACCGUUGUUUGACUAACACCAAGUUCCUGACCAAUACCUUGUUGAUAGCCAGGGUCACCGAGAUAGCGUAGACAUAUCUUCAUUUUAUGAAUACA